AUGCUGUUCUCUUAUAUUUCUAAUGUGAUGGUUGUAUUAUCAGCACUUUCUGUAUUUUCUAACCCCUUACUUGCAGAUUCAUUGCCUGACCAAAACAGUUUUAAGGUUAUACCAGAAUUAAUACCCGGUGUAUCUAACAUUGAUGAUAAAUCAGCAAUUCCUAUUAUGCAUGCGGGGCUAAUGCCAUUAGCUGGAGAUCACACUGAUAAAGAGGAAUAUUUCUUUUGGAAAUUUCAAAAAUCAGACUUUGAUAGUCCUUCUAUAGUAAUUUGGUUAAAUGGUGGUCCAGGAUGCUCAUCAAUGGAUGGAGCUGUACUAGAAUUAGGCCCCUUGAGAGUAGGAGCUGAUAAUAAAGUUCACUUAAAUCAAGGUUCAUGGUUUACAAGAGCUGAUUUAUUAUUUGUUGAUCAACCUUUAGGAACUGGGUUUUCACAAGGCAAUUUUGAAGAUUAUGAUACUAACUUGGAUGAAGUUGCUUCAAACUUUCUACAAUUUCUGGAAUCGUAUUUCACAGUAUUUCCUGAAGAUCUGGAAAAAGAUUUACUUCUUGCUGGUGAAAGUUAUGCUGGGCAAUAUAUCCCUUAUGUUGCUAAGGCCAUCUUGGAUCAAAAUAAAAUUGAAAAUUCAGUUACUUACAAUCUGGAGGGUAUUUUUAUUGGUAAUGGAUGGAUUGAUCCAGAUACUCAAUCGUUAGCAUAUUUACCCUUUGCAUUAGAAAAAAAUCUAGUAUCCAAAGAUAACCCAGGCUUUCAAGAUUUAUUAAAAACCCAUGAAAAUUGUCAAAAGGCAAUCAACAGUGUUAAUUCAAAUAAUUUUUCUCAUCCUGAAUGUGAGAUUAUUAUAAAUAAACUUAUAGAAUACACUAAAAAUACGUCUGAAGAAACACCAGAAAAUGAAGUAUGCUUGAAUGUUUAUGAUUAUAGUUUAAGAGAUUCAUUCCCAGCCUGUGGUAUGAGUUGGCCAAGUGAAAUUGUAAAUGCAGUUAGUUUUUUUUCCACCGAAGGUGUCAUGGAAGCUUUGAAUUUGGACUCUACCAAGUUACAGCCUUGGAGAGAAUGUAAUCUUGAUGUUCAAAACACUUUAACUAAUGAAAAUUCUAAACCAUCUAUCCAUCUUUUCCCGGAAUUAAUUGAUUCUGAUGUAUCUGUAUUUUUAUUCAACGGGGACAAAGAUUUGAUUUGUAAUGAUAGAGGUGUAUUAGAUUCCUUAAAAGGUAUUCAAUGGGGUAACUCUAAAGGCUUUAGUAAGGAAACAGAACAUUAUUACUUAGUGAUUAAAGACUCAAUAUCAGGAGAAGAAACACCUGCUGGUUAUGUUUUAUAUGAUUCAGGUUUAACAUUUAUUAGUAUUGCUAAUGCAUCUCAUAUGGCACCAUAUGAUCAACCUUUUGUUACUAGAGGUAUUCUAGAUAUAUUUUAUAAUGAUAUCGACUUAAUUGAAAAUCCAAAUAAUGAUACAUUAAUAAUUUCUGAUGCAUUUUUGUUGGAAAAAUUGGAAGAUGAUGAGGAAGAUGAAGAACAUGAAAAAAAUAAUAAGAAUGCGGAAAAAGAACAUGACAACGAAGAAGAUGAUAGACAUCACUCUGACGAAGAAGAAGAUGAAGAGGGGGAAGAAUCGGAUGAUGACAAUGAUGAUGAUGAUGAUGAUGAAAACGACAAACACAAAAGAACUAGAUAUGCGUUCGUAUCAUUUUUCUCUAUUGGACUACUUGGGGUAAUUUUCUGGUAUAUUAUCCGCCAAGCUAGACAAAACACCAUCCAAUCCAUCUUAAGAAAUAGAAAAACUAACUUGGAUGAACAAAAUAACAAAACAGUCUCCUGGACUGAUAGUAAUGACGCAACUCCCGAUGUUAUCUUCGAACAAGAUUUUGAUCCCAAGGGGUCAUCCACUAGGACUAAGAAUGGUUAUACAGGCGUUCCUUCUACUGAUUUAGAUGAGUCAUUUGAAAUGAGAGAUUUCUAG